GUUGAUUUGCAAUAUGUCCGAAGAGCAGAUGUGGGUCGGUGGAUAGCUAAAGAAGAUUACAUGAGGGGACGCCAUGCUGUGAGGCGUUCUAUAGCAAGAACCUCGUCAGGGUCGUCAUCGAAUUUGUCUCGCUUGGCGUCUUCGUCAGAAAAUUUGAAUAUUUCCGCCAAUUCUUCAGCCUCUACUGAAAAUCAUACUGCUACAGUCACUUCUACUAUCACCAGUUCAGAAACUGUAGUGAGGAACGGUUCUACAACAGAGACAACUAGUCGAUUAAGCAGCAGUGUUGAAAUCAAGGUUGAAGAAAAAAAGGAGCUCACAGAGGCACCAAUAACACCUGUUUUUUGUGUUGGUGGAGAGGGAAUCAAGCUGGAAACAGAUCAGCAUCUUACUCCUAUGACUCGAAAAAGAUCUAGCGAUGCAGACUUAGGUCAUGAUAUUCCCAGCAAGAAAUUGUUACACGUGAAAUCCGAUAAUGGGCUGCCCGUAAUUGCUGGAGAUACAGAUUAUUUACUUUGCUUUCUAUUUAUUCUCUGGUAA